AUGAGGUUCUUACCAGUCUGUGGUGCUGCCUUGCUGGCGGUGCACGCAGCUGGCGCAGCGGUCAAGCAUCGCUUCAAUGGCUUUACUCUCACCGAGCAUCCUGAUGCUGCGAAGCGGGAUUUGUCUCAGAAAUAUGUCACAUGGGAUGACAAGUCUCUUUUCAUCAACGGGGAGAGAAUCAUGAUCUUCAGUGGAGAAGUCCAUCCAUACCGAAUCCCAGUGCCCACCCUGUACAUCGAUAUCUUCCAGAAGAUCAAGGCUCUCGGCUUCAACACUGUUUCCUUCUACGUCGACUGGGCUCUUCUGGAAGGCAAGCCGGGCGAAUACAGGGCGGAUGGCGUUUUCGCGCUCGAACCCUUCUUCGAGGCCGCUGCUGAGGCCGGCAUCUACCUUCUCGCCCGUCCAGGGCCGUACAUCAAUGCCGAGGUUUCCGGAGGAGGUUUCCCCGGCUGGCUGCAGAGAGUCGAUGGCAUCCUUCGCUCUAGUGAUAAGCCAUAUCUGGAAGCUACUGACAACUACAUCGCGCACGUUGCCGCGACCAUCGCCAAGUACCAGAUCACUAACGGCGGUCCUAUCAUCCUCUACCAGCCUGAGAACGAAUACUCUGGCUCUUCGGGCAAUGUCACGUUCCCUGAUCCCGUCUAUAUGCAAUACGUCCUUGACCAGGCUCGUAAUGCGGGUAUCGUGGUGCCUUUCAUCAGCAACGAUGCCUCUGCCAGUGGGCACAACGCCCCGGGAACCGGCGAGGGCUCGGUGAAUAUUUAUGGCCACGAUAGCUAUCCGCUUGGAUUUGACUGUGCAAACCCCUCCACUUGGCCCUCAGGAAACUUGCCUACCAACUUCCGCACCCUUCAUCUUGAACAGAGUCCCACGACACCGUACUCAAUUGUUGAGUUCCAAGCUGGCGCCUUUGACCCAUGGGGCGGGCCUGGAUUUGCCAAGUGUGCUGCUCUAGUUAACCACGAGUUUGAACGAGUUUUCUACAAGAACGACUUCAGCUUCGGCGUUGCUAUCCUCAACCUGUACAUGACUUUUGGAGGAACCAACUGGGGCAACCUGGGCUAUGCAAAUGGCUACACUUCCUACGACUAUGGCUCACCCUUGACCGAAUCUCGCAAUCUUACUAGAGAGAAGUACAGUGAGCUGAAGCUCCUUGGUAACUUUGCCAAGGCCUCGCCAGGUUACCUACUUGCCACUCCAGGAAACUUGACCACUUCGGGCUAUGCCGAUACUUCUGACAUUACCGUCACUCCUUUGCUCGGUAGCAACAACACUGGCUCUUUCUUUGUCGUCAGACACUCAGACUACACCAGCCAGGCCUCUACCUCCUACAAGUUAAAGGUUCCAACCAGUGCUGGUAGUCUGACAAUCCCUCAGCUGGGAGGCAGCCUGAGUCUUAACGGACGCGAUUCUAAGAUCCACGUUGUCGACUAUGAUGUCUCCGGAACCAACAUCUUGUACUCAACUGCUGAGGUUUUCACCUGGAAGAAGUUCUCUGACGGAAAAGUCCUCGUUCUGUACGGAGGAGCUGACGAGCACCAUGAGCUCGCGAUCACUACUAAGUCAAACGUGACUGUUGUCGAAGGCAAGGCAUCUGCCAUCUCCUCCAAGCAGACUGGAAAGUCUCUUGUGAUCGGAUGGGACGUCUCCUCCACUCGUCAGAUCAUCAAGGUUGGAGACUUGCAGAUCCAUCUUCUAGUAGAUCGGAACUCUGCAUACAACUACUGGAUUCCGCAAGUCGGUAAAGAUAGCACCUCAACGGAGUUCAGCACCCAGGCUGCAGUUGCGUCAUCCAUCAUUGUCAAGGCAGGCUACCUCGUGCGGACUGCCUAUGUCAAGGGCAACGGCCUUUACCUCACUGCCGACUUCAACGCCACCACCCCUAUCGAGGUUUUUGGUGCCCCGGCUACCACUCGCAACCUCUACAUCAACGGAGAGAAGACCAGUCACACGGUUGCAAAGAACGGUGCUUGGACGACGGAAGUCAAGUACAGUGCCCCGAAGAUCUCGCUUCCGAGCUUGAAGAGCUUGAGCUGGAAGUACUUGGAUACACUCCCUGAGAUUCAAUCCUCGUAUGACGACUCUCUCUGGACCGCCGCCGAUCUUGCCGAGACCAAGAACACGUUCCGCCCCCUGACCACUCCCACUUCGCUAUACUCGUCCGACUAUGGCUUCCACACUGGCUACCUAAUCUACCGUGGUCGAUUCGUCGCUAGCGGAGAUGAGACCACCUUUACUGUCGAUACUCAGGGUGGUACUGCAUUUGGAAGCUCCAUCUGGCUCAACGACACCUUCCUUGGCUCUUUCACCGGUCUCUUUGUGUAUGCUGACUACAACCAAACCGUCACUCUUCCUAAGUUGAAGUCCGGCAAGGAAUACGUCUUCACGGUGGUUGUCGAUAACCUCGGUCUGGACGAGGACUGGACCGUCGGUUCAGAACUCAUGAAGGCGCCCCGUGGUAUCCUCAAUUAUGACCUUGCCGGCCACGACGCCAGCGACAUCUCCUGGAAGUUGACGGGCAACCUCGGCGGCGAAGACUACCAGGAUAAGACUCGCGGGCCCCUCAACGAGGGUGGUCUCUACGCUGAACGCCAAGGCUACCACCAGCCCCAACCUCCCAGCCAGAAAUGGAAGUCCGCCAGUCCUCUCGACGGUCUUUCCAAGCCCGGCAUCGGGUUCUACAGUGCUGAGUUCGAGCUCGACCUGCCGACUGGAUGGGACGUGCCGCUGUUCUUCAACUUCGCCAACAGCACGACUCCCGACGCGUACCGUGCGCAGCUGUAUGUGAACGGGUACCAGUACGGUAAGUAUGUGAGCAACAUCGGGCCCCAGACGAGCUUCCCGGUUCCCCAGGGUAUUCUGAACUACCAAGGAACGAACUGGAUCGCACUCAGCGUGUGGGCCCAGAAUGAGGGUGGCGCCAAGGUGGAGGGACUGGAGUUGAGCUACGAGACGCCGGUCUUGACGGCGCUGAAGGGAGUCAAGUCGGUGGAUCAGCCCAAGUACAAGGCUCGGAAGGGGGCGUACUAG